AUGCACGUCGAACCGAAGAUUGACUCAGCCUCUUGCCCGGAAGGGGGCCUCAUCGGCAACCUCGUGGUAGCAGGCAGUUUCAGCGCCAUAAUGGGCGGACUCGGUCUGAUGAACAGCAUCGGGAUCUAUCAGGCGUGGAUCUCAACACACCAACUCUCACACAUCAGCGAAGGUCAGAUCGGGUGGAUCUUCGGAAUCUACAACUUUCUCGUCUUCUUCUGCGGUAUCCAAAUCGGUCCCAUCUUCGAUAUCAAAGGUCCCAGGCUACUGAUGUGGAUAGGAUCAAGCCUGUUAGUCCUGACGUUUAUUCUCAUGGGCUUUUGUCAGGAAUACUGGCAUUUCCUGAUCGUCAUAGGGAUCCUAGGCGGAAUGGGAACAUCUUUUAUAUUCAUCGUUCCCGUCGCCAGCAUCGGCCAUUUCUUCUUCAAGCGCCGCGGCGCGGCUACAGGUCUCGCCUUGGCGGGUGGUAGUAUCGGCGGCGUGAUCUUCCCUCUGGUUUUGGAGUACCUCGCUCCUGAGAUUGGAUUUGCCUGGGCAAGUCGUGUCGUUGGCCUGAUCACUCUCAUCCUCUUGAUACCUGGAUUGGUUCUCGUGCGAGCGAACCUCCCAUCUAAGAUCCCGGAGCGACCAUCUCUCAAGGUGUUCCUACCCGAUCUGACUAUUCUUAAAGAUCCUGUUCUUGCACUGACGACCAUUGGCGUGUUUUUCAUUGAAUGGGGCUUCUUUAUUCCUCUUGAAUACAUAGCUUCGUACUCAAUUGCGAGCGGAGUUUCUCCCCGCAUGUCGUAUUUGAUGGUUGUCUUUUUGAAUGCAGGCUCUUUCCCUGGUCGAUGGCUUCCGGGCAUCAUCGCCGAUCGAAUUGGUCGAUUCAACACGUUGAUAUUGACAAACAUCCUUUGUCUGAUCUCUGUAUUAGGCAUUUGGAUGCCUGCAAAUGGGAACAUGGUUGCUGUGAUUAUAUUCUCUGUUGUAUUUGGAUUUGCUAGUGGCAGUAAUAUCAGCCUUGUUCCUGUCUGUGUGGGAGAAUUAUGCCCUGUUGAAAACUAUGGACGGUACUAUACGACUGUGUAUACCAUUGUCAGCUUUGGGGCAUUGACUGGCGUCCCUAUUGCCGGAGAGAUUAUCCAUCGCUGCGAGGGCGCGUACUGGGGAUUGAUUUCGUUUGCUGGAUGCGCAUAUGCAGCCGGAUUGAGCUGUUUCAUUGUUGUGAAACUACUCCAAAACAAGAGAGGCAAAUUGGAGGAAAAGGUCCAGGCGCCGGCUGUUUAG